CAAUACAAAAUGAGAUCGACAAGAUGCAGCAGCGUCUCAAAACGAGUGUUAAUCUGAUGUUAAAUCUGAUGUUAAUCGCCUUCCUCCUCUUCUUUCUUGCGCCCUCCGCCGUCGUCGCCGCUGACUCGCCGUCGCAGGAGGCCGACGUCUCCUUCCGGCCGGGCUUCACGGUCGUGUUCGGCAUCUUCGCCACCAUGUUCGCUCUCAUACUCCUCAUGCUUUUCUGCGCUAAGUUUUGCCACCGCGGGCUUCUCACUCUCGAACCCUCCCUCGCCGCCGACGACCGAUCGAUUCUGCCCCUCCUCCAGCCUUCCGGAAUCGAAAAGGUUGCCGUUGAUUCCCUCCCUUUCUUUCGAUUCGAUUCGCUCCGCGGCGGCCGCGCCGGCCUCGAGUGCGCCGUCUGCCUCUCCAGGUUUGACGACGCCGAUGUCCUCCGCCUUCUCCCCAAGUGCAAGCAUGCCUUUCACAUCGCCUGUGUCGACCGAUGGAUCGAGGCGCACUCCACUUGCCCCCUCUGCCGCGCUGGAGUCUGCGCCGAGGACGCCGCCCUCUUCAGGGGGCUCUCCGCCAGCUGCCGCUUCUUGUUCGCCUCCGACCGCCUCGACGACGUCACCGCGGCUACCGAACUUGAGCUCUUCGUAGAAAGGCAGCCCUUUGGCUCCUCAAGAUUCAGCAUCGGGAGCAAUUUCCGGAGGACGGGCAAGAAAGGCAUGGAGAAGGAUGGAAUUAGGGCAGAAGAAGAAGGGGAUAACGCAGCUCAACACUUUCAUAAAUACAAGCACAGAAUUAUAGUCUCCGAUGUCAUGUCCAGAGGCCGGUGGAGUGACGUCAACUCGUCGGAUUUGCUUUCUUUGAGCGCAGAUAUGCUCAGCAUUGCUUCGAGCAAAAGAUUUAGCGAGGAAGAUUUCAACUUGGAGCAUGAUGGAGCUGAAAUUCAUCGAGAUGACAAUGGAGGAGACAAAAUUUCCGCAACUGAUGAGAAGAUAUUGACGAUUAAGAGAGAGAUGGAGAAGAAGAGACUGCUAGAACUCAAAGUCAGGCAAAUCAAAGGGAGCAAAUCAAUGGUUCUUUCCGGAUUUGUUGCUGAUGUGAACUCAAGAGCUUCGAUAUCCUGCAGGGCGAGAUCGAUGUCAGAAAUCACUAAUCUGUCAAGAUUUGAGAUGGGCAGAGAUGCAGCCAGGAGCAGCACAUCGGCAGGGGACAAAGAUGAGAAAUUUAGGAGGAUUUGGCUGUCUAUUGCAAGGAGGACAGUGAAGUGGUUUGCAGGGAGAGAAAGGAGAUCACAGAGUAGCACAGAGGAGUCAACAAGUGCCUGAUUGAAAAUAGUUUGGCCCGGUGGAUGGUCUGUUGACCGGCGAAAGACUUCUUUAACCGGUGAUGGAGCUCCUCAAUGAUCCUGCAUACAAUCCGACAAUCCAACAAAGUGUUAGUGACCAAAGACCAGGGAAGGGUCCCUGACAAGACCCUCCGACACUUAAGUCGGUACGUUUUUCGACGAGUGGGCGAAGAAGAAGUGUAGAUGAUAUGUGCGAGAGUAAGGUUUAGAUGAUGCUCAUUGCGAACUUUGCUAACGGAGAAGAUCCCCCUUUUAUAUAUCACCUCUCACAAUCUACGUGAUCAUAAGGUGGACCCUUGUGUC